AAAUGAUGCUCAGAGCACAUCAUCCUCCUCCUCAUCUCCAGUGCUGAUCUCUGGGCAGAAGGGGGUGUGUUCUCAUCACAGCGCUGGAAAUCCCCCAUUAGUCACAUAAAAGCGACCCGAACGCCAGUUCCACCUCAUAUUAAAGCUCGAUCCUGAGCCGAACGAGGACUUUAAACUAUGUAGGCACGGUGGACAGGGUUUAAAUGGGCAAUCUGAUGGGCAGCUGGAGAUACAAGGAGCCGAGCACAGUGGAAGAAUGCGACUCGACGUGGGAAACGGACUCGGACAGCGACGAGCAUCAGCCGGGAGGAGAGGAGGAGGACAGCGGCAUCUCCGAAUCCAUGAGCCCGGCGGAUGCAGUCAGAGGAGCCGAGCAGCUGGAUCACGGAUCACCGCAGUUUGGUGACAUGAUGGAGUCCUCUACUAGGAUGAAAAGGAGCUUUUACGCCGCAAAGGACUUGUACAAAUAUCGGCACAGUUAUCCGAACUACAAGGAGCCUCGUCAGCCGAACGAAUACCGCAAUCUGAGGUUUUAUCUGAAUAAGAUCCCCCUGGUGCCGGAUGGUAUUUAUAUUGAAGAAAUCCUCACUAAAUGGAGGGGCGACUAUGAAAAAUUAGAGCACAAUCACACAUACAUUCAAUGGCUCUUCCCACUCAGAGAACAAGGCCUAAAUUUUUAUGCUCAAGAACUCACUCAGGAUGAGAUAAAGGAAUUCCAAAGCACUCGAGAAGCCAAGAGACGCUUCCUCCUAGCAUAUACGAUCAUGUUGGAUUUCUUUGGAAUUAAGCUCCUGGAUAAAAACGGGAAUGUGGCUCGGGCCACAAACUGGCAAGAUCGCUUCCAGCACCUGAAUGAGUCGCAGCACAAUUACCUGCGUAUUACUCGCAUUCUGAAGAGUCUUGGUGAACUGGGCUUUGAAAGCUUCAAGCUGCCUCUGGUGCGUCUGCUGUUGGAGGAGGCGCUGGUGGAGGGCACUUUACCCAACAUGCGUCACAGCGCACUGGAAUACUUUGUCUACACACUGCGCCAACACGCUCAGAGACGCGCCCUGCUCCGCUUCGCCCAGCGCCACUACCAGCCGCCCGAGAACUUCAUCUGGGGGCCACCCAAGAAGAAGCGCAUUCCGGCCUCUGGAUCCACAGUAAUGAAGGCAGGAAAAAAUGAGGUGGUGGAGAGGAGUGUGGGCAAAGCCAGGUCACCUAGAGAGGGCAGAAAUAACUUAGAGAGAGAGGCGGACGACAUGGACGAGAGGAAGAGUGGAGAGAGGAAAACAGCAAAGGGGUCCAUGGUCCUGCAGUAGACUAGGGGAAGGGUAGAUCUAGAAGAAUACAUUGAGACCUUUCCUCUGUAAGAAUAUAAAGAGAGGGAUUCUGGGAAUUCUUGAGUAGCUUAAGCUAAGCUUAAAGUUAAGUAAAAGAAUGGCACAGCAAUAUUAUUCCAUACUAUUGCCUUUUAGAGACUUGCUUUGUGAACAACUUGACUGUUUGCCAUUUUGAUUAUUAUUAUUUUUCUUUUUAUUAAUAUGAGGUGUUUUUCUUAACUCUGAAUACUUUUCAAAGUGUUAGCGGAUGAAUUUCUCUAUAUUGUAAUUCUUACUUGCAGCCCUCUGGAGAGUUCUUAGCACAUGUACAAGUGUAUGUAUAAGUGCUACCUGAGCACUCUGUUCGUGUGAAAUUUUGCACUUUUUGACUAUUCAGUCUUCCCCUGUGAGAGAAUAUUAUCUUAGUCUACCGGCUUUGAGAUGAGGCUUUAUUUGCUAAUCAUAAGCUCGUCUCUCCGACAAUAUGUGUGUUUUUUUGCCUGUUCAGAGCUCGCUGAUGUUUCUUACAAAGGAUACUCGUUGCUCAUUGUAACAGAUUAUAAUAAUGUGAAGUAAGUGUGAAUAUACUUGCAGGAAUUUUCAGGUAAUUGAUCUUCCAUGUUUCUAUGGGUACGUGUGAGACUUUAAUCCAGUUUUCUCGAAUAUGUCUUGCAAUAUAAAGUGCCUCUUCUUUCGUUUGUUAAAGCAUACGUGACGAGCUUUAUCAUUUCGAGUCGGAAGUCGCGCAGUAAGCCAUUUGUGGAAAAACGCAAUUCUAAGCAAAACUAACUUGAAUUUAUACUCGUUUGUGUUUUAUGUUAGUUUUUGAUAAAUCAAAGAGUUGGCUCUUAUUUUUAAAUGAGAAUUUAAACGGUAAAUGCCAUUUUGACGCUACUAAAUGUGGCGUUACAGAUCGCUUGUAAAUGGCGGUUCAAACAGCGGCAUACCGCUCAUUACAAUAGGCUACUAGUUAAAGCACACCAGAAGGUAUAUUGAAAGUGUAUUCAUGUUGAAAGUUUUAUGUAAUCGGCGAAGAAGUUUUUCAAAAGGCGAAGACAUUGGUAAAACAGCUUUUAAACAACAUGGUACAUAGCCUAACAUUCACCUUAGGAAUGUAGCGGACAUUAGUUGGAAAAAAAAAGUAGGCCUACAUAAUAAUAGUUGAAUAUAUGCACAAUAUUAUAAAUUAACCAUUAAUUUUUAGGCUGUUAUUUAGGCUGAAUUUUUAGGCUGUUAUUUAUUUAGAUGCCUUUUUCUUAAAAACAGGUUUGACAGCCACCGUUUAAAUGAUUAGGCCUAUAUCUCGAGAACUGUUUGAAAGAUAAUGGUGAUAACAUUAGAAAGCUUUGCUUUUUCAUUAAGUGCAUAUGACUCAAAAUGACUCAGAGUGAUGGAGCAAUUCACAUAUGUAUGUGUGAGUGUGUAUGCUGCCUUUCUCUUAUCAUACUUAGCCUACAGUGUUUAAGUGUGGACAAUCAGGGCUAUUGAUGGUCACUAUCCACAUAGAAUACAAAUAAAUGAGUGUUUUUAUUAGCAAAUAUGAAUUAAUGUGGUUCACGCAUGUUAGGUGUGUUUGUUCCACACUGCUGUUUCAGAGUGUACCCAGAGGGCUAGACAAUACCUCCACAGCACGUGUGUGUGUGUGUGUGUGUGUGUGUGUGUGUGUGUGUGUGUGUGUGUGUGUGUGUGUGUGUGUGUGUGUGUGUGUGUGUGUGUGAAUGUUACGGGGUUCUGCCUUUUUAGUUUCUAAUGGCACACAAACAGCGAAAAAUUUCAGGAAAUACUAAAUCCCUUUUUUCUUGUAAUAGUGGCUGAAGUCCAUCUUCCCUUUUCUCUUUUGGAUUAAAUGAGAAAGGCCCUCUCAGUCUUUUCCCUUCAGUCAAUAUUUAGAUUGAGCACGCUUUUCUGUUUUCCAUCUAACCCAGUUCAUACCCUGGGGUUCAUUAAAUGCCAUCUCUCUAAAUGUGUGAGUCAUGCAUGAAAAGAGGGUUCACAUUCUGCUUCAUUAUUUCCUCAAAAUGGACAGAUAAUUCUUGUGUCCAAAACCUGAAAACCCAUAGCUGUCCUGUCUACUAGGAUGCCUUCACCUCAGUUUUUGAAUUCAACACAGAUGUGCACUGCAAUUUCCCACAAUCCUGUGCAAAGCAGUUGGUGAAAAGAAGAAAAAAAACGUCUGAUGGAGAGAUUGAAAGAAGUACAUAUAUUCAUAAAUCUGUCUGUUUUUUUUUCGACUUCUAGUAGAAAUAAGUAUUAAUAUUUGCUUGCUUAUCUCUUAAGCUCACUUGAAUUUCUUGAAGUUGUUGAUUUUUAGAUGUGAAGUUAUAAUGCUUUGGAAGGUAGUCUGAAACCAGUUUUCUUUGGGAGGUACUUUUAUACAAAAACAUUGCCUUUAAGUCAAAAUAGGCAGCAAAACUUGGGUUUCAGACUUCUGUCCGGCUGGGAAACAAAUAGCCAUCUUCUCUUUGUCCAUCUGAAAAACCCGUGGUUCUAAGACUGUUGAAUCCACAUUUCAGUAUGUCAGUGUUUCUUGUGCCAUAAUCGUGUGGAAACUGGCGACAUAUAAGGCGCCUUAAGUGUUUAUAACUUAUAACUGUUGAGAAGUGAUAAUUUGUAAUCAAAUGAAGUGUGACAUUUGGAAGUUCAUAUUUGGACGUUUCUAUUGUGGCCUACUGUAUAAUAAAGUGCAGCUCUUUGAUGAA